AUGAAACCAAACACAACAAAUAACGCAAAGAACUGUUCGAAAAUUAUGCUUGUUGUUCUUGGUACUUGCCUCGGUCUUUGCUCUUGGGCAGUUUUAUCAGUUGGUAUUUACUCUCUUGUUUUAGCAAGUGAAACAUCAAAGAAUAUCGCAACAACAAAUACUUCUCUUGGAUUCCGCUGGUAUACAACGGGACCCAUUGUGGCAGGCUUUGGAUCACCCCCUGGUUUGGCUUCUAACCAAUUAUAUAAUCCUGUGAGCUUAGCAUUCGGUGCCUCCAAUGAACUUUACGUCGCAGAUUAUUAUAAUAACAGAAUUCAAAAAUGGGUAAGCGGUGCAACCGCCGGUAUCACUGUAGCCGGACAACCAGAUGCAGUAAGUGGCUCCACCUCUAUUUAUUUGAAUCUGCCCGCUGGUAUUGUUCUCGAUUCAAGCGACAAUCGCUAUGUAUCAGACUCGGCCAAUCAUCGAGUUCAACUUUGGGGCAAUGGUUCUUCCUCUGGAACAACUAUUGCUGGCAAUGGCACCCUUGGUUCUUCGUUGGCUCAGCUGAACACUCCUCGUGGUCUGGCUCGUGGUUCAUCGACAGGCACACUCUACAUUGCCGAUUCUGGGAAUCAUCGACUUAUGCGUUAUGCAUCAGGUGCAUCGUCAGGUACUGUAGCUGCUGGUGGAAAUGGAGCUGGGCCACUUACUACACAACUAUACUCACCUACAGGAGUCUAUUUUGAUUCAUCAUCAAAUGGUCUAUUCAUUACGAACGUGGGUGCGAACAAUAUUGUUUGUUGGGUGUUAAGUGCUAGUGGUUGGACGCUUGUUGCUGGGAACCCAGCGGGUUCUAUGGGUAGUACACCAACACUGCUCUAUAGUCCAUAUGGGCUGACACUAGAUUCAGUGGGUAAUGUUUACGUAGCCGACAGUUCAAAUGAUCGUAUACAGUUUUUCUCAGCCGGCCAAACAAAUGCGACAACUAUCGCAGGUGCCACAGGCAUAGCGGGUGCCACGAAUCAGCUAUUAUAUUAUCCUUAUGCAGUAGCACUUGAUAGUACACUCAAUUUGAUUCCAAUUCAAUUAUUGCUUCGAAAUUUUGUGAAACCACAGCCUGCUAAUGGUAGAGUGGAUGUUGGACAUGGUAUUGGAUGCAUGUUUAAUACAAUGGCAAAACCGACUUUGAAAACAAAACCUAACGAAAAUGUACAGGUACAAUCGAUUCCAGAAGCAUGGAUCACGCCAACUGAAUAUACCGCCCCUCAACCGAUGUCAUUACAAUCAAAAAAGAUACGAAACGGUGAAUAUCGAAAAAUGCCAUCAGGUUCUUCUUCGGUAUCGGUCAUCACUGAUUGUGUCGAGCCAUCAUCAAAGAACAACGCUAAAAAUAUUAAGAAUGUUAAAAUUAUGAAACCAAAUACAACAAGUAGCAAAAUGAAAUAUUCGAAAGUAUUGCUUGUUGUUCUUGGUAGCGUCGCCAUUCUUGGUUCUAUGGGGGCGUUAUCAAUCGGUAUUUACUCGCUGGUUACAAGAUCUGCAACAUCGACGAAUAGCUCAACAACAAAUACCUCUCUUGGACUACGCUGGUAUACAACGGGAUCCAUUGUGGCAGGCUUAGGGGGAGUGCAUGGUUCAGCGUCUAACCAAUUAUAUAGUCCUAUUAGCUUAGCAUUGGGAGCAUCCAAUGAACUUUACGUCGCAGAUUAUAAUAAUAACAGAAUUCAAAAGUGGGUAAGCGGUGGAGCCACUGGUUCAACUGUAGCUGGACAACCAGAUGGAGUCAGUGGCUCCACACUUUUUCAUUUGGCCCUACCCGCUGGUAUUGUUCUCGAUUCAAGCAACAAUCUCUAUGUAUCAGACUCGGCCAAUCAUCGAGUUCAACUUUGGCUCAAUGGUUCUUCCUCUGGAACAACUAUUGCUGGCACUGGCACCCUUGGUUCUUCGUUGGCUCAGCUGAACACUCCUCGUGGUCUUGCUCGUGAUUCAUCGACAGGCACACUCUACAUUGCCGAUUUUGGGAAUCAUCGAAUUAUGCGUUAUGCAUCAGGUGCAUCGUCAGGUACUGUAGCUGCUGGUGGAAAUGGAGCUGGAACACUUACUACACAACUAUACUCACCUACAGGAGUCUAUUUUGAUUCAUCAUCAAAUGGUCUAUUCAUCGUGAAUGAGCCUGCCAGCACUGUUGUGCGUUGGGUGUUAGGUGCCACUGGUUGGACACUUGUUGCUGGGCACCCAGCUGGAGCUCCUGGUAGCACUUCAACAAUGCUAAAUGGCCCAUACGGCCUCACAUGUGAUCCCAUGGGUAACCUUUAUGUGGCGGACACUUCAAAUAGUCGUAUACAAUUUUUUCUAGCUGGUCAAGCAAAUGCGACAACUAUUGCAGGUGUCACAGGCACGGUGGGUGCCACUGGUGUGCUGUUGUAUUUACCAUAUGCGGUGGCACUUGAUUCUGAACUUAAUUUGUAUGUUGCAGACACAAGUAAUCAACGUGUAGUAAAGUUUACGCGAUACUAA